AGUCGGACACAUAACUGAGCCACUUGGGCGCCCAAACGGUUUUGCUGUUAGCUCUUGACGUGAAAUUGGAAAAUUGUGAGAGCAUCCUGUUUUCCGUGCUCAUCUUCGAAGUGUCCGGCAUGCAGGCCCCCAGUUCCAGGUCUGUGCACCUGAGCGAAUGGCAGAAGAAUUACUUCGCCAUCACAUCUGGCCUGGGUACGGCCGGACAGAAGGCAGACGCCUACCGAGCGCAGAUAUUACGCAUUCAGUACGCAUGGGCAAACGAGGAGAUCUCCCAGCGCUGCGCCACCACGCUGUUCAGAAAAUAUGCAGAGAAGUACUCUGCAGUUAUCGAUUCUGACAAUGCCGAGACUGGCUUGAAUAACUAUGCGGAAAGCAUUUUAACUUUAGCAAGAUCGCAGCAAACCGACAGUGACAAGUGGCAGUCUGGAUUGUCAAUAAAUAAUGUUUUCAAAAUGAGUAACAUACAGGAGAUGAUGCGAGCCGGCAGCAAAGCCAGGGAGUCUCUGUCGGCACCUGCCACAGCAUCGGUCUUCAUCCACAAAGAGGCUGUUGUCUUCGAUCCUCCUAAAUCGAGUGGUCGUGGUGGCUCUGGGGACAGUGGCCCAGUAACUGACACAGCUUGUAAUACAACUAGGACCCGAGACAUCCCAGAGCGCAGUCCUUCAACAUGUCCCCAGAAUGCCCAGCCACUUACGCUGACUAACACCAGUCAGACAUGCCCUGCAUCCCUAACACCUGUCGGUGAAUUUGCCAUCGCAAAAUUGCAUGCCACACCGCUGUUUGGAAGCGCCGAAAAGGAAAACAGCAGCUCUCCCAAAGCCAGCAUAGGACUGAAUGAGUUCUCCGCUAGUCCGUCCCGUUUGCCCUCUGGCUAUGACAAUCCAUGGCAGAGGAGAGCUUUCUAUGGUUCUGGGAUCAUCGACGCACUGUCCACCCCAGAGGCAAAUAAGGCUUUGCCUAAAACAGAAGACAGCACCCAGAGAGAGGAGGGCGGCCUGCCUAGUUUUAAAACUGCAAAAGAGCAACUGUGGGUAGAUCAGCAAAGGAAGAACCAGCAGCCCCAGCGUGUAUCAGGGUCAGCGUAUGGUGGGGUAAAGAAGUCUCUGGGAGCCAGUCGGUCCCGGGGAAUAUUUGGUAAGUUCGUUCCUCCUGUCCCGAAGCAGGACGGGGGAGCGCCGCACGGGGGAACGCAGUACAAGCCUUCUGGGGCAGGACCUGCAGAGCCGGCACAUCCCGUGGAUGAGCGUCUGAAAAACCUGGAGCCAAAGAUGAUCGAACUUAUCAUGAACGAGAUCAUGGAUCAUGGCCCCCCUGUAAACUGGGACGACAUAGCAGGAGUAGAAUUUGCCAAAGCCACAAUAAAGGAGAUCGUCGUGUGGCCCAUGCUGAGGCCGGACAUCUUUACCGGUUUACGAGGCCCGCCUAAAGGAAUUCUGCUCUUCGGGCCCCCGGGGACGGGGAAAACUCUGAUUGGCAAGUGCAUUGCCAGCCAGUCUGGGGCAACGUUCUUCAGCAUCUCUGCUUCCUCCUUGACUUCCAAAUGGGUAGGCGAGGGGGAGAAAAUGGUCCGCGCACUGUUUGCUGUAGCGAGGUGCCAGCAACCGGCUGUGAUAUUUAUUGAUGAAAUUGAUUCUCUGUUGUCUCAGCGAGGAGAUGGUGAGCAUGAGUCUUCUAGACGGAUCAAAACCGAAUUUCUGGUCCAGCUAGAUGGAGCAACCACCUCUUCUGAAGAUCGUAUUCUGGUGGUGGGGGCAACCAAUCGGCCCCAAGAAAUCGAUGAGGCCGCCCGGAGAAGGCUGGUGAAAAGGCUUUAUAUCCCUCUCCCAGAAGCUUCAGCUAGGAGACAGAUCGUGACAAACCUCAUGUCCAAGGAGCAGUGUUGCCUGAGUGAGGACGAGGUUGCCCUGGUUGUGCAGCACUCUGAGGGGUUCUCGGGGGCUGACAUGACCCAGCUGUGCAGAGAAGCGUCUCUCGGGCCCAUUCGCAGCUUACAAGGUGCCGACAUCGCCACUGUGACACCAGAUCAAGUUCGACCCAUAGCUUAUGUUGAUUUUGAAAAUGCUUUCAGAACAGUGCGACCCAGUGUGUCUCCUAAAGAUUUAGAGCUUUAUGAAAACUGGAACAGAACCUUUGGUUGUGGGAGGUGAACAGGACACUUGAAGUUUAAAGAUGGUGCCUUGGUAACGUGCCCUUUCCCCCUGUGCAGCUUAGAAAACCGGGAGUUUAUUCAUUGUACUCUCAGAGUGUAUUUUGAAUUCUACACCUCAAAAAAAUACAGUAGUAAUAGCUGCAAUUUUCCAACUGAUUGACUUAGCCUCUGUUAAUAGAAACCUGGGUUUCCUCCAGGUACUACCUGAUGUGUGAGCCUAUUCGAAUAAAAUAUGAAUGAACGUGU